AUGACCAACGACACCCCCAGCGCCACCACUCGCCGCAAACCAACUGGCCACCCUGUCUCCAAGUAUGGACGCAAAGCACACGUGGUCAAGUUCAAGUACAAGACUGUGGACUAUCAGCAUAAACUCGAUGUAAUUCAUCAAGUUGCUGAUGUUGGCAUGUCUGCGUUCCUGGACUCGUACUGUAUGAAGCAAAAGGAUCUCAUCGAAAGCAUGGCUGCUGCCCCCCGCACUGCUCAGCAAAAGUGCUUUCGUGAACGCGGGACCGGAACGACAUUGCCUGUGCACGAAGAAGAGCAGUUGGCUCGGUGGGUGCAUGGCAUGCGGAAGGAUGGCAUCCCGGUCACCUACAACAUGCUACAAAUCAUGGUGUUAGAGACGGCCAUUGAUGUCGGCCUGUCCAAAGACGAGUUCAAGGGUGGCUGGCACUGGAUUCAAGGGUUCAAGCGGCGACAUGGCCUCACCUUCUGCGCAAAGACCCGCAUUGGCCAGGACUCCAACCAAGACGGCGCCGACACGUUGAGUGCCUUCUCCGAGCGUGUCUUGCUCACAGCCAUUGCCAACGACGUUCAGGUGAUCUACAACGCGGACCAAACCGCCGUGAACUAUGAAUACCUGCCGACCAAGACUCUGAACGCGGCCAAGGAAGAUACCGUUUGGGUCAAGUGCGGGGGGGAAACGAAGGAGCGUGCGACUGCGAUGCUUCUUGCAGACUCUACCGGCCGAAAGUACCCUUUGUUCCUGGUGCUCAAAACAACCAAGUCCAAGGUCAAGGAGGUCGUCCAAGAGAACCUUACCUGGCGGAAUGGCUUUGGUCGGCGUGUCUGGAGUGAGGUCGAGCCCCUUCAAGAUCGGUUGGGCUGCAGGAUCUACGGCAACCCAACAGCCUGGUGGAAUUCUGGCAUGUCAUUGGAGUUCCUCAGCGCGCACUUCACAGAAGAGGUCGUUGCCUACGCGGAUUCGAUCAAUGUGCUGUUGGAGCGUGUUCCGCCGCGGUUCACCUGGUGCUGCCAGCCGGCGGACGUUGCUUGGAUUCGGCCGUUGAAGGCGGCGCUGCGAGCGAACUGGCUCGUUGAGAUUCGCCGCCAAGCCUUGAAGGAGAACUUGAAGCUGCGCGGCCCAUCGAGACCUACAAUGGUGUCAUGGAUCACUAUGGUGUGGAAAGACCUUCCUGGAGCUGUGAUCCUCAACGGGUUUCGUAAGUGCCAGCUCAUCCAGGGCGAUAUUGAGGAGUGUGUUGAGGGCCCCCGUCGCUGUGUGCGUUUUUCCCUGCUGCCGCCGCCGCUUCUGUCUGCCGCUGACUGCCAGCGCCGCCACUUCUGCCGGCCUCUGUCGGAAGCCACCGCUGCUGCCACCCCCCCAUGUGUCUUCAGCGCCACUAUCUUCCGCCACCGCAUCUGUCUGCAGACGACGCCGCCACCACUUCUGUCGCCGCCACCGCUUCUGUCUGCCGCCACCACCCCUUUUCCAGCGCUGCUUCUGCCACCGCUUCUGUCCGCCGCUGUGUACCGCCCUGUGGCUUUGUGCUUCCUCUGCCUGCCGGCCCGCGCCCAUUAA